UUUGUGAAACACAAUACUCACACUUUUUUCUCAGCCUCUCUCUUUAACACAUUCCAUUCCACACACACACAACACAGUGUCUCUUGACUCAGUUCGUUAGCCGCAUUUCAUACCAUAAACAAACCCUUUCUCUGCCUCCUCCGUCGACUCACCAUGUCCACCGUCGACUACCACGGCGCCACCGUGCUCCCCUAGACUUCCGCCGUUACCCCAGGUUGUUCCUGGGAACAUUUUGUUUUGUUCUGUUGUUUUAACUCUUGAAAUGAAACCGCAAAGCAAUGGGGUGUCUAGGGUUCAUAAGGCAAAUAAUAUUCAAGUUGAAGGGCCUAACUGGAUGCUCAUUGCUGCUGGUGCUUUGUUGAGUACGUUGUCGGUUCGCCUUGGUUACAAAUUGAAGCAGGCACUUGACUCCAAGCCCAAGCAGAAUGCAACUACUGUUCAGAAAGGCAAUGUAAAAUCCUUCAAUGCCAGGAAAUCUGCAGAUUGCUAUAUGCAGCCCAAUGGAUUUUCCCAAACACAAGAUAAUCACGGGUGCUACAGUUUCAAUGCAGGAACUGGAGGUGCUAUGGAGCUGAAGUGCCCACCAAAUGGCCAGACGCUGAGCGAAUUUGAUGGGGCCCUCCCUUUGGUGACUGUUCCUGCUGCUGAAUUUAGCAAGGAAAAUGUUGUCUGGGCAUGUUCUCCUGACCGUCUUGAAUUGCCUUCAAAGCCAUUCCACCAUUCAAACUGCUCAGAUUCACCAUGUGUAUCUGAAUCUGGUUCUGAUAUUUUUAGUAAGCGGGAAGUCAUACAGAAAUUGCGGCAACAAUUGAAGAGAAGGGAUGAUAUGAUACUGGAAAUGCAAGAUCAAAUAUCUGAAUUGCGAAAUUCACUCAAUGGUCAGAUGGGGCUUUCUUCUCAUUUGCAAUUGCAGCUAGAUGCUGCAAAUAGGGACUUAUUUGAUGCUGAGAGAGAGAUCCAACGGCUAAGGAAAGCGAUUGCAGAUCAUUGUGUUGGACAGGUUCCCAUUGACAAAUCUUCCACGGUCACAAAUUGGUCUUCUGAGACUAGAAAUGGCCAUUCAAAUGGGCAUCUUGAUGGGGAGAAUAAUUUAGAGCCCCCCGAAAAAGUGAGGGAUGGUGAGGAGAGAGUUGAAAUGCUGAAAAGGCAAGUGGGAGAGUUGAAAGAGGUGAUAGAAGGAAAAGAAUACUUGCUUCAGAGCUACAAAGAGCAAAAGACAGAACUCUCUCUGAAGAUCAGAGAAUUGCAGCAGAGAUUGGAUUCUCAGCUGCCUAAUAUUUUGUAGAAGAUGUCAAGUUUGUGAAUACUUUGCUUCUUCACUUUUGACAAUUCUUCACUUCCUCAUUCUUUAUUUUCUCACUGUAAUUAGCUCAACUUUGAUUGUUUGGUAUCAUAUUUUGAGUUUUUGAAA